ACUUCCAUUUUUAAAUGUGAGCCUUCAGAGUUCCUUUGUAGUUUGAAUUCAUUAACAGCAUACCCCAUUUGAUGAACUAUCUCUUAAGUCUUGCCCCUUUUAUUACAACAUCAUAUAGAAUCUCGGUCGGGUGUUAUUUAUUUUUGUCACAUGUAAACUUGUUCUUUGAUUGUUUGUGUGCAAGAACAUAAUAAAUAGUAAAUCCUUAUCAUAUGCUAUAGAGUUAAAGAAUGUGAGAGCCUGGAUUAGUGUGUGGAGUUGAUGACUGGGAAAAUGGAUGGUUUUGGUUUAGAUCACGAAGCAGCAGCUGCAGCAGGAGGAGCGAAGAAAGUGACUGAAGAUACUUCUUGGUCACAUCCGCAUGUUCAGUCUCAACAUAGGCGCUCUAAGAGUGCAUCGGACAAAAACUUGGAUGCUUCAAGAGGUGGAGUUUUGCAUUCCAUCAAGAAAGAGCACAAUGAACUACAUGCAUCUCCACUAUCAACAAGGACUUAUAGGACUCGAAGUCCUUUUCAUGACCGGUCUGCUUAUAGCAACAAGAACACUUCGUUGAACCAGCGAGCCUCUUUGGAGAAAGAUAUUGAGCUGCUGCAGUUACGUUUGCAACAAGAAAAAUCUAUGCGAAUUACACUUGAGAGAGCAAUGGGGAGGGCUUCAAGCACUUUAUCUCCAGGACACAGGCAUUUUGCAGCACAGACCAAGGAAUUGAUUGCAGAGAUCGAGUUACUUGAGGAAGAGGUUGCAAACCGUGAGCAACAUGUACUCUCUCUGUACAGGAGUAUUUUUGACCACUGUGUUAGUCGCCCCCCUUCUGAACAAAGCUCAGGCAAGGCUUCUCCUGCCCAUACAAAGCAUACAUCAAGGAAACACCCGAGUAUUAUUUCAAGUGCAUUUUGUUCAUCAAAAAAGUUUCCUCUGAGACCCUUGCAAGCUCUAGUUUCCACAAAUGACUCGGGGAAAAGAACCUCUAGAAGUGUUGAUGCUCUGCAGUUCUGUGGAAAAGAUGACACGCUAUUUGACAAGACAUGUUCACACCCAGUUAAGGCUCAUGAAAAGGUUCAGAGUAUGGAGAAAACUUCAGUGCUGCGAAGUCUGAAAGAUCAUCUGUACCAAUGUCCAAGCAAGUUGUCUGAGGAAAUGGUCAGGUGUAUGGCUGCGGUAUAUUGCUGGCUUCGUAGUGCAACAUCUAUGAAUUCUGAGAAAAACCGGUCACCUUUAUUGUCAAGGUCAUCAACUAAUGUUGUACUUCCUCGACGUGGCGUUGGAGAGGACCAGGAUUUCUCUUGCACGUCCAAUGUUGAAAUAUCUUGGAUAUCAACUGAUAAGAGCCAAUUUUCUCGUGCAUCUUAUGCCAUUAGUAACUACAGAGCUCUAGUGGAGCAACUAGAAAAAGUGACAGUGAGUCAGAUGGAAUAUAAUUCCCAAAUUGCAUUCUGGAUCAAUGUGUACAAUGCCCUUGUUAUGCAUGCAUAUUUAGCAUAUGGAAUUCCCCACAGUUCAUUGAGACGAUUAGCCUUGUUUCACAAGGCUGCAUACAACAUUGGUGGCCAUAUCAUAAGUGCAAAUGCCAUAGAGCAGUCAAUAUUUUGUUUCCGUACACCCAGAGUUGGACGGUGGCUAGAGACCAUCCUCUCCGCUGCCUUAAGGAAAAAAUCUGGUGAAGAAAGGCAAUUUAUCAGUUCAAAAUUUGGUCUUCCACAUUCCCAACCACUUGCUUGCUUUGCUCUCUGUAGUGGAGCAUUUUCUGAUCCUGUGCUAAAAGUUUACACAGCAUCAAAUGUUAAAGAAGAGUUGGAAGUUGCAAAAAGAGAGUUUCUUCAAGCAAAUGUAGUUGUGAAGAAGUCAAAGAAAGUAUUUCUACCAAGAGUGCUGGAACGAUUUGCGAAAGAAGCCUCUAUCAGCUCAGAUGAUCUCUUGAACUGGGUUACUGAAAAUGUUGACAAAAAGCUCCACAAUUCAAUACAGAAAUGUAUGGAUGGUAAAUCCAAGAAGAAGCCAUCACAGGUUAUUGACUGGUUGCCUUAUAGUUCAAGGUUCAGGUAUAUUUUAUCAAAAGACUUAACAGAGAAACCAUGGUGGGUGUGAGUUUUGACUCUAGACAAUCAGAGAGAAUUCUCGACAUCUUGUAAGUCAUGGAAACGCAGCUUUUGGCUGAGUGGUGGGUAUCCGAUCAUUACUUGUAAUUCCAUAUCCAUUUCGUUGUACAUCCUAAUCUUCAAUCGUUUCAGUUUAACACUUCGUCGCUCAAUCUUGAGUCAAUAAGUAGUGACAUUUUUGUUCUUGUGA